AUGAAGUUCACCACCCUCGCCGCGCUGGGCUUGGCCUCGGUCGCCGCCGCCGGCCUCCUCGACGAUUCUACCGAGGAGCUCAAGCUCGACAUGGACGACGUGCCCAUGUCGUGCAAGACCAUCUGCCAGCCCGUCGCCACCCUCUCCAAGCAGUGCGACGUCGAUCUCGGCCUCGGUGACGGCAAGGACGAGGACCUCCUCCACAACCAGUGCGUCUGCACCAACAACAGCUUCAAGGUCGGCCAGAUUGCCGCCCAGUGCGCCGACUGCAUGCACCAGCACGUCAAAGCCAAGCGCAGCCUCGGCGACCACAACGACGACGACGACAUUGACUCGGACGACGUCAAAGACAUUGACCGUCUCGUCUCCGGCUGCGGCUUCACGUCCACCCACUACAACCCGACCAUGGCCGCCGCUGUCGCUACCGUUACCGUCGAUGCCACGGCGCCCUCGCACAAGGACCAGCUCACCACCACCAUCAAGGGCACACACAACGCCGCUGCCCCCACGGCCAUUCCCGGCUACAUGUACGCUGGCGCCGCCGCCGCCGCCGCCGCCGCUGCCAUGUUGUAA